AUGUUAAAUAAUCUUUUGUCUUCCAUUAGUUUCUCCAUUGUCCAUCGAUAUAUUCAACAUUUUAAUGAGGUUUCUGGCAACAAGACAGUUGUCAUCCGUAAGAAAUCUAAGACCGCCGGAGUGGUGAUUACACAGUACGACACCAACAUACCAGAGGGAAACAGCACUCCAGACAUCGUGCGCAAACCAGUGUCAUUAGCUGUGCAAGAAGGAAAAGUAGCUGUUUUCAAGGCAGUGGUAAAAGGAGAUCCAACACCUGAGGUGACUUGGAGGAGACUUAAAGGAACCCCAUUGGACAACGACAGGUUCAAGACUAAAUAUGAUGCAUCAUCUGGAGAAUGGACACUAGAGGUCAGUAAAUGCAGGAGAUGUGCUUUAAAGGACAUUUUAAUGUUCUUGUUUUUUCUAGUUUCAAUGAUGGACUUUAUUGUCAAAAUUCAAGAGACUUCAGUACAAGAAAGAGAGGACGCCCUCUUUGAGUGUGUCCUGACACACCCACUACCUAGCAUCACGUGGAUGGGCAAGGGCAGCGCUCUGGAGGAUGGAGAAAAAUAUAGCAUCACGGUAUCCGACCAUAAACUGAUUCACAGGUUGACGAUCAAGGACUGCACGCAGCAGGACAAGGGCAUUUACUCAGCUGUGGCUGGCAUCACAUCCUGCAGUGCCUGGCUGGUUGUGGAAGCCGAAGAUGACCCAACAACUGCUACCAGGAAAAAACCUCGGAGAACCACUGUGGCAGGUGGGGCGCACACAGACCUUGAGAAGGUUGCCAAAGAGCAACAAAUAAAAAGUCAGAAGGAAAUGGAGAGGAUUCUCGAAGCGGUAAAGGCGAGGCACCAAGAAGGACAAGUCAAGUGGGAAAAGACAUUUACAACUGAAGGAAUGGAUGGUGGAAAUGCUUCAGUCACAGGACUGAUUAGAAAUGACUGGGGAGAGCGUGAAGAUCCUGAAACGGCAAACGCUGCUGGAAGGUCUGAGCAAACAGGAAGCCAAGAGAAAGUAAAAACAAACAGACAAAGUGAAGAUGGAAUGGCAUCUAAUUUAGGUAGUUCAUGGUGUGUGGAAGAUGCCACAGGCGUAAUCAAUGAACUGGAGAAAACAAAACGCACAACAACAGGUCGGGUGGACUUUGACAAGAUAGAAGGUAAUGUCAAUCUAUAUCCACGGCAAAGUGAAUCUCCAACACUGAACGUGAAAAGUCAAGGUGAGUCAGGGGCUAAAGUUAAUGGCUAUUUCUUAGAUCCAGGAGUCCAGUUCAUAUGGGGAUUAAUCGAUGUCAGCGCCAUCAUCAAUGAAAAGGCUGAACUGACAUGUAAACUCAGCAGUGACGACUGUGACGGAGCCUGGUUUAAAGACAGUCAACAGAUAUCCCCAGACGACAAUUUUAUUACUACCCAGGAUGGUGCGAUCCAUAAAUUAACAAUUAUCAGGUGCAUGGAGGAACACUCAGGGAAAUAUCGCUUUGAAGCAGAUGGCCGUAAGACCGAGGCUACGAUCAGUGUGAAAGAUCCGCCAAGGUUCGAUCCUGAAGACCUCAGUGCUUUCACCCAGCCCGUUACAGUUAAAGUGGGUCACAAUGCCAUCUUCAGACUGCACUUUGUUGGCCAUGAACCAAUAAAAAUUCAGUGGUACAGAGAGGGGGAAGAGCUCCAGGAGGACAGCAACACAAAGAUAGAGAAAUCUUUGAGUUGCAGCCGCUUGCUCCUGGGCAGGUGCCAGAGGAAGGAAACAGGAGAGAUCAAGAUCAAGCUGAAGAAUGACCACGGUGUUGCUGAGGCAAUUUCAUUUCUAUCCGUGCUUGAUAAACCCACUUCACCCCUGGGUCCUCCAGAGGUGACAGAGAGUUCAGCUUCAUGUAUACGGUUUAAGUGGCGCCCUCCAAAGGACGACGGUGGCUCACCAGUGACAAACUACAUAAUCGAGCGCCGGCAGGUGGGAAGGAACACCUGGAAGAAAAUAGGGGAAAUCCCAGGUGUACCGAGCUUCAGUGACACAGACGUGGACCACGGACGGAAAUACUUUUACCGCGUUCAAGCAGUGACCGCCGAGGGCACGAGUGAGGCUAUGGAAACUGACGAAAUGCAAGCAGGCACGCUGGCUUUCCCAGGCCCUCCAGCAGCUCCAAAGGUGAUCAGUGCGAGUGAAACCUGCAUUAACCUCUGCUGGUCUGCACCCAGUAAUACAGGACGAUCCCGUAUUCAGGGUUAUAUUUUGGAAAAACGCAAAAAGGGAAGUAAUCUCUGGACUGUUGUGAAUGCCAGUGAUGAAACAAUAAAAGGCAAGAAACAUGCAGUAAAGGAUAUUGUGGCGGGGGGGGGGUAUGAAUUUACAGCCAUAAAUCUCUCGGGAGUUGGUGAAUUUAGCGGCCCCUCUGAGUUUGUUUUUGCACGGGAUCCCAAGAAGCCUCCUGGUAAAGUCACGGGCCUGAAGGCGACAGAAACCUCUUACACCCACUUGACCCUGACCUGGACCACACCAAAGGAGAAAGCUGGGAUACAGGAUGAAGCCAAAGGAUACUUUGUGGAAGUUCGACAUGCCGAUUGUAUCGAAUGGUCCCGCUGCAACGGCAGUGCCAUCACAACCACCUCCUUCACUGUGAGGGGACUUAGGUCCAUGGAGAUGUACUGGGUCAGAGUCAUCGCCACCAAUGACGGAGGAGAAGGUGCACCGCAGGAGCUGUCCAACUACAUCAUCGCUAUGCCCUCGCCUGUGAGGCCAAAGUUCACGAACAAGAAGAUGAAAAGUUUCCUGGUGGUUAGAGCAGGAAACUCUGUCAGAAUCACAGUAAACUUUGAGGCCUCUCCCCAGCCAGACAUUAUGUGGAUGAAGGACAGUCUGCCUGUGACAAAACAAACCAUAAUAACGAACUGUGACGGCUCAUCCCAGAUGCUAAUCCUUUCAUCUGAGCGCUCCGACUCUGGAAUCUACUCUGUUUUGUUGAGAAAUCUGGUUGGACAGGAGACAUUCAGUACAGAGGUCAGGGUCACAGAUGAUCCAAAGCCUCCCGGACUGGUUGAAGUGGAGGAGAACGUUCUCGGCACCAUCACGGUCGUCUGGGAAUCCUCUCCUGACGAGAAGCGCGACGAUCGCCUCCACUACACCGUGACAGCGCGAGACUCAACCAAACGGACGUGGACCACGGUGGCCGAGCGACUCUUCAAUAACAGGUUCACGGUCUGCGACAUCAUGCACGGGAGGGAGUAUCAGUUCAGAGUUUAUGCCAAGAAUGACAUCGGUGUAUCUGCGCCCUCAGAGUCUCCCACCUGGGGGAGAGAGAAGCAGAGAGCAAAGUUUAUUUUGACACAGCCUAGCAGGAAGGAGUGUGAUUUGCGGUGUCCUCCGUCCUUUAUCGUACCUCUGAAGCUGCACGCGGCACCGAAGGGCUAUGAGUGCUUUAUGAGCUGUGCUGUGAAGGGGAAUCCCAAACCUCGCAUUAGGUGGUUUCGGAAUCACAUCAGCCUGAACACAAACACCAACUACUACAUCUCCGACACCUGUGGGGUUUGCUCCAUGUCGAUCCUGCACGUUGGCCCCAGAGACACGGGGGAGUACAGCAUCACUGCGGAGAACUCUCUGGGACGAGCCGAGUCCUCCACCAUCCUCAGUGUCGAGGAAUGAAAGACGAUGGAAACUCCCCCCGAUCUGAGGAACAAUUCAUUUUAAAGUGAAUUGGUUUUUCCUGUUUGGACAGAAUUCAAUAAGAGACGAUGAAAAACACUGGAAAUGAAAUAAAAUAAAAAUAAAAAAUGAAACACUG